AAACAGACGACCUUUGAGCCAGUAGUUGUUGCAAAUUGUUCUGAUAGCAAGUGAGAAGCAUUUUUCUAUGAUGAAUCUCUAUGAAAAUUUUAAUAUGUAAUGUCAGUAGACCGUUGGAUAAAUGAUUAUUUUAAAAGCCAGCAUAAUUAAAGAAAUUGUCAGAGUCUAAAAGAGUUAAACCACUUGUAUAUAUGCUUGUAUACUUGCUGAAAAUGGUUUAAAGCGAAAUCAGACUUGUAGGAUACUUGUUCAUUUUAAAUCUUUUGGACUUCUGAAAUGAGACUACUAACUCAUAAAUGGACAUGUGCUCUGUGUCAAUGCUCUUCUUUUAUAAGCGAAAAUUUACCAGCUAGACACAUUUCAAGUUCUGCAAAUGUCAGUUUGAAAAAUGUUUUCAGCGAUGAUAAUAAAACUGCAGUACAAAAGAAGUUAUCAACAUACACUAAUAAAAUUCCAGAGAAAUUCAAAAAGAAAGGGGCAAGGAAUGCCUCAGUAUUAAUUCCAUUAUGUACAGUGAAUGGAGAGCCCUCAUUGCUAUUUAUGGUACGCCCUAUGACAAUGGCACAACACAGAGGAGAAGUAUGUUUUCCAGGUGGCAAAGAAGAUGAUGGUGAUAGGGAUUUGAUACACACAGCUUUAAGAGAAUCCCAUGAAGAGAUAGGACUACUAGAAGAUAAUAUAGACAUAUGGGGACAAAUGAUGCCUGCACCAAGUAAUCGGGAUGGUUCAUUGAAUGUGGUACCUAUUAUUGGUCACUGUGGAGAAAUAGAUCUUAGUUCACUUCACCUAAACAAAGAUGAAGCUACAUCUGUUUUUACCAGAUCAAUAGAUUCCCUGUGUAACAGUGUCCACAGUACACAGUUUAGAAGAGACAUUAAGUCAGUUGAAGGAUAUACUUUACCUGUCUAUACUGGAGGUCAACACAGAAUUUGGGGGCUUACAGCUAUUUUUGUACACCAACUGUUAGGACUUAUAGUUCCUGAACUUUAUCAUUUUAAACUUAGGCAUAGAUGAUACUGAUCUUUACCAAUUUAAAAUAGGCAUUAUUUUUUUUUAAAGAUUGUUCAAUAAAUAUCAGUGAAGAAAAUGUUUUAAAACGUAGAUAUAUCUAGUACAAACAGAUGCAACCCAAAAUGUGAAAAUAGAAUAAAAUAAACUUAACAAUUAUGAAUAAAAGUGAGGGCCUUCAGAUCAUAUAUAUAAUAUUAUAACUGGUUUUAAAAUUGGAACGGAAUAUACUAAGAAUUAUAUGAAAUAUAGGUUAUGAUCUGAGGAAAUAGUUUUAUUGAUUAUUUAUUUGAUUAUGUAUAGUUCCUGUGAUUUGAAGGUUACAAGCUUGUAUCUAGCUAUUGUUAUUUAUUAAAAUCAAUAAAUUUAUUAUAUUUUUUGUUGAA